CAGGUGCCAGAAGAUGUUGACCAGAGCCAGACUUGUCCAGUGUUUGCUGGUGCUGGCUGUCACUGCAGGCGUGUACUGUUGGAUGGUGUCUGGGUCAAUGACCGCAGCUAUUCAAAGUUCUCUUAACAUCUCAGACAUCAGGGCGAGGUUUUCCUUAUUUCCUGGGUCACUGCACUAUGCGAGGUCAAACCAUCCGGGAUCAGCAGCGGUGACGAAGGUCAUGUACCCAGGGUCACUAGAGGUCAACUAUCAGAGGUCAACGGAUGUCAAGUUUCCUGUGGAUGUCUUCUCUGCGACACGACGAGACGAAAACAAAUCCAAUUUAUCGGAGCAGACGAGAGCGCACUCAGGCGUGACCAAUCUGUCGUCUGCUGGGUGUGGUGUGAGCCCCACCCCACCCGCCCCACUUUACAUAAUUGUGCUGGAGAGGACGCUGGUGGGGAGGCUGGGGAAUCACAUGUUUAUGUACGCCUCCCUACUGGGGAUGGCUAGGGCGUGGGGUAGGAGGCCGGUCAUAGAGAACAGCAGGGAGCUGACAAGGACGUUUGAGAUACAGCACUGGGAUAGUGGGAUUAACAGUACAGGCUGGGACAACGUGACCUUCGACGGUUUCGCCAUCUACGACAAGGCUCGACUCACGAACCUACCGUCUGCCAAUCUCAGCCUCGUCGGUUUCCUGCAGUCCUGGAAAUAUUUCCGGCACAUCGAGGACGAGAUUCGACGAGAGUUCACCUUCCGGAAGUUCAUCGCUGACGCGGCUGACGUCACGAUGCUCAAGCUACGUCACCGCUACCCAGGUCACGUGUUUGUGGGGGUCCACGUUCGGCGUGGCGACUUUUUAAUCCUGAAAAAAUCCGGGUUUACCGUCCCGGAAGCGAGUUAUUUCCUGAAGGCUUUUGAUCUGUUCCGGAAGAUAAUUCCGGAUCCGGUUUUAUUUUUAGUAGCCAGCGACGAUUUGAGGUGGUGUAGGAAGAAUCUAAAAGCGACGGGCGUGAAGGUUUUGAGAAAUGCAUCGCGGGCGGUGCAUCUGGCGGUCCUGGCCAGGUGCCAGCACACGGUGCUGUCUGGUGGGACGUUUGGCUGGUGGGCUGCCUGGUUGGCCAACGGGAUCACCGUGUAUUUCAGAGGGUACCCGCGGGAGAACUCCUCCCUGGCCGAGGGGUUCAGCAAGGGCGACUACUACCCGCCAUCUUGGAUUGGGUUGGACAACUGAGGUUUGAGAAACCGCUGGCGGUUUUAAAUUUUUUUAGAAGGUUGAGAGAUCAUCAAUGUCAAGGUCACGGUGAGCGAUGUCUCGACCUUUGUUUACAUUCAACCGAGGUCAGUAUUGACGUGAUCUUGGUUAGCGUGGAUGUUACACAAGGGAGGUAACAUAAGAUAUGGGUACAGUCAAGAUUUUUACCCGUUGCUGUGUUUCUCACGGUAGGGCAGCUAGGCGAAGUAGAGUACGGCUGUUGAGCUGAGGGUCUGACGCGGGAUGUCGCCUGUGUCAAAGACCAGUGACCCUAACGCCACAGAAAGAAGCACAUCCGGUUAUAUCAAAUUACUACAGAAACUGUUUCAUGACACUAACAACAUAAAAAAAUAAAAAAUAAAAACUAAAACAAAAAAAUUCUUGGAUGAAUAAAUAUAAAGAAACGGAAUUUGAUAGCUGAAAAAUUAACGCUUGAAGUCAAUAGGGGAAAAAAAUCAGCCACAAACUAUUCCGUUUGUUGUAUACACGGUAGGCUGUCCCUUACUAUCAGGUAUUCUACUGGUCAGUUUCAAGUAGUUAAAGCAUGACCAUGCUGGUAAAUGUAGAGCCCCACCUAAUGACAGCAAACUGGACA